AAGACCUAGGGUUUCUAGCGAUGAAGAAGAAGGAGAAUCUUCUUCAAUCAAGAAGCCGAAAUCUGACGAUUUGAGAUUCAUUCUCCCGCUUGGAUUCCUAGAUCCGCUUCCCCCUUAAGAUCCCACCCCACUGCCGCUUCCUCAGGCGCCCCCACAGCUGAGAUCGAAGGUCGCGAUUCGAACCUGCAAGCAGUUCUGGAAAGCUGGGGACUACGAGGGCGAUACUGUCAAGGGUUUGGAACCCUCUGCCUCCGGGGGUAUGGAUCAUGAUGGGGUCCACCCCAAGAUUCUACAUUCAAAUGCAACUAGCCAUAAGUGGGCUCUUGGAGCUUUUGCAGAGCUAUUGGACAAUUCUUUGGAUGAGGUUUGCCAUGGAGCUACUUAUGUGAACAUUGAUGUGCUAGAAAUUAAGAAGGAUAAGAGCAGAAUCUUGCUGAUUGAUGAACCUGAGCAUUAUCGAGGGCCCAAGCUUAAAGUUGCUAUCAUUGGAGCUAGGUUGGCUGGCUGGCAUGUCUACUGCAGUGGAGCUUUUGGAUCAAGGCCAUGAGGUUUGGCUCAAAUUUUCUCUAGAAUGGUUCUUCUUCUUAGGUCGAUCUUAUGCAUAUCCUUUAUGAUUGUGUGCUACUG